AUCGAUGGUGUCAGAAGACUCCACCUCCAACGUAAUCGUCUUGCCCGUGAGCGUCUUGACGAAGAUCUGCAUACCGCAACGUAGACGGAGAACAAGGGAGGGUGGACGGUCUUCCGAGUCGAUGUCAACAAUAGUUUGUUCAUUACAGAAGUAGAUGAAAAUAAGCCUGACUCCCACCUUGUUGGCGCAAGGGACGCUACUUAUGCUGAGUGAAAGUAUUUUAUCAAUAGUGAACAAUGUAAAAACGUUCGUUGUCAACAGUCACUGCUCCUUCGAAAACAGGGUUCAAAUGGAAGUCAGACCGCUACAUGUAUGUCAAUCCCUCCGAGAGCGAAUACAUCUUGCUGGAAACGUCAAUCCAGUCCAGGAUAGGAGUCUCAGCCCUGAACAUAGAGCUCGAACAGGUAUUGAAUGUCAGUGGAGGUCUGUUUCGUUUUGCAAGCAACCGCACAGCGAGAAAGGUCCCUGAAAGGAAGAAUGUCAACUCUGUGAGAAGCACAAGAUCUAACCGGUAUGGUUAUGGGUUUAAAAAGAGAACCAGAGGCUUCAACUUUGAGUGUGCGUAUGGUUAUACGGGAAUACGAAUAUCAACAUCAACUAGAGGCUAGCUGGAGGGCUAGAAUUCGGGAGACGCAUUCGAUUUCGAAACUUUCUGCCAAUGUGUUCCAUUCACC